AUGAAUACAGAAAUAGAGUUAGACAAAUAAAAUAACAUCAGUACUCCUUUGAUAAUCAAAAAGGAAAACUAAUAAAAGAGUAGUCAAAUUCUAAAUAGAAGUUCUUCAAUCUAUUAAAUAAAUUAGGAUUUACUACGUUCAUAAAUAAAAGAACAGAUUGAUAAAUCUCUUUCAGAAUUUGUAAUAUUUUUUGAAAUAUCAAUAGUAAUCAAUUGAAGAAUUGAAAAAAGUGAUUCCCUUUAUAAAUUAUGCAAAGGCAUUGGAUAUGCUUUUGAAAGCAACACAAGAGGGAGAGGUUGAAGAAUUUUUAGUUAUUUUGGAUGAUUUGAAAACUAGAAAAGAGAAAUUAAGAUUAAACGAUUAAUUGGAUCACAAAAAGUAAACACUUCUUCAUAUUGCAUGUUUUAAAAAUUUACCAGCAAUAGUCGAGAAAUUGUUAGAAACUGUUAAGCAAAAUUCUACAUAAAUUGAAUUUGAAGAAUGGAUAAAUAGAGUUAAUUAAGACUAAUUUGCAUCUGUUCAUUUUGCAGCAUAUGUGGGAUCUAUAACAAUUUUAGAGAUGCUUUAAAAAGCAGGAGCUGAUUUAAAUAUAAAAAAUUCUUAAGGUUAAAAUGCAUUGUCUGUAGCAGCUUAAGGUGAUUAAGUUUAAGCAAUGGUAUGGUUAUAUUUAUAAGGUCAAUCAAUAGUUGAGUAAGAUUUACAAGGAGGAACACCUUUGCAUUGGGCAACGUAUUUUGAUAGUCUUUUUGCCCUUCAAUUUUUGUUGUCAUGGUUGUCCAAACUACCUAAUUAUAGUUAUUAUAUAAAUUUGAAGGAUGGAGAAGGUAUGACACCUUUGCAUUUGGCUGCUGUAACUGGAAAUUGCAGAAUUGCAAAGAAAUUAUUAUAAAAGGGAGCUAAUAAAAGUAUAAGAGAUAAUAAAAACUUAACUCCUGCAGAUGCUGCUUAAGAAAAUCAAUAAAAUGGAGUAUAUGAAAUUUUAAUGUAAAACAAUUGUUUAUUAGAAUUUCUUAAUAUAAAACCAAGGUAUUUUAUAUAAUUUAUAAGAUAGUGUAAAACCUCCCUCUAUAAGUUGGACUUAAAUCAUAGCUUUUUUUAUUAUUUACUUUUAUUGUAUGAUAGGUACAAUUUUGUUUGUUUACCCAUUUUAUUUCAAAUAUGAAUGGCUUUAGAUAUUAUCAGUUUUUUCAUUUUUGUUAGGAUUAAUACUUUACUUUUUAACAAUGUUCUUACGUCCUGGUUAUAUUGAGAAAAAUAAAGAUUAAUAGUAGUUAUUUAAACUAUUAAAUGAUUAUGAACCUUGGGAAGUAUGUUCAGAAUGUUUAAUAAAGAAGCCAGAGAGAUCUAGACAUUGUGAAUUUUGCAAAAAGUGUAUUGUUGUAUAUGAUCAUCAUUGUCCCUGGGUUAAUAAUUGUGUAAUGAUUAUAUUAAUUCUAAUAGAUUGGAGCCAAAAAUUACUUCAUAUACUUUUCUUUUAUUUCAAUAAUUUGGAUAAAUUUAAUUCAUAUUUUAAUUCUGAAUAGUUUGUUUAUUGGAAAGGAAUAUAAUAAUAUUAAUUUAACUUAUCCUUGGUUCAAUAAUAUGAUAGAGUCAUAAUCCAAUUCUUUAUUUGUAGCCAAGAUAGUUGUUUAAUCAAUUAUAUUAUUUUUAAGUGUUUUAUUCAUAAUAGCAGUGUCUCAUUUACUUUAUGGAUAAAUUAUCACAUUGUUUACAAACAGAACUACAUUUGAAAAGUAUAAGUAAGCUGAAAACUUUCAAUCCAAUAAUUAGAAAUCAAAAAGUUAGAAGCAAUUGUAAUUAUUUAUAUAAUAUAUUAGAUCAUAAUAAUCAAUUAAGCCAGAAGAGACUAAGAUAUAGUGUUCUUGUAAUAAUUGUAUAUUGAUGUGUUGUGGAAAUGCAAAUAAUCCUGCUUUUUAGUGA